CGGAGCGGAGCCGCGACCGGAGCCGCCGAGCGGGGGCGGCUUGAGAGUGAGGGAGUCGGGGCUGCGGCCGCGAUGGAGCCAAAACCGGCGGAUCCGCUGCUGUGCGACAGCCUCAUCCUCUGGCUGCAGACCUUCAAUACUGCUGCACCUUGCAGAGAUGUUCAGGACCUGACUAAUGGGGUUGCCAUGGCACAAGUGCUUCACCAGAUAGACGUUGCUUGGUUUGAUGCCUCUUGGCUAAAUCGCAUUAAAGAUGAUGUUGGUGACAACUGGAGAAUAAAGUCCAGUAAUCUGAAGAAGAUACUGCAAGGAAUUAUGGACUACUACCAUGAGUUCUUGGGUCAGCAGAUUUCAGAAGAGCUUAUUCCAGACUUAAACCAGAUAUCUGAGAACUCAGAUCCCACUGAACUGGGCAGGCUUCUGCAGCUUAUUUUAGGUUGUGCAGUCAACUGUGAGAGGAAACAAGAACACAUACAAAAUAUCAUGACCCUUGAAGAGUCUGUUCAGCAUGUUGUCAUGACAGCCAUUCAAGAGCUCAUGAGCAAGGAAGUAACGAGUCCUUCCACCUGUGAUGCAUCAAGUGAAAUGGAACAGCAGCUUAAAAGAGCCUUGGAGGAUCUUCAGGAAGCGUUAGCAGAAAAAGAAGAGUUGGCACAAAGAUGUCAAGAGCUUGAUUUGCAGGUAGCUGCCCUCCAGGAUGAAAAAAACAGCUUGAUGUCAGAAAAUGAGAUUAUGAAUGACAGACUAGAGCAAUUAGACGACUCUCUUGAUGAUCCAAAUACUGUGGUUGCAAAAAAGUAUUUUAAUGCACAGUUGCAGCUGGAGCAAUUGCAAGAAGAAAACUUCAGGCUUGAAGCUGCAAAAGAUGAUUAUCGUGUCCAUUGUGAAGAUCUAGAAAAACAACUGAUUGAACUGCAACAUAGAAACAAUGAACUGACCUCUCUGGCAGAAGAAUCUAGAGCCUUGAAAGAUGAAAAUGAUAUUCUUAGAGCUACUGCAGACAAGGCAAGUAAGCUGGAAUCAACUGUGGAAGUGUAUCGGAAGAAGCUGCAGGAUCUGAACGACUUCCGCAGACAGGUCAAGUCGCUGCAGGAGACCAACAUGAUGUACAUGCACAACACAGUCAGCCUGGAGGAUGAGCUGAAGAAAGCCAACGCAGCACGAGCCCAGCUGGAGACCUACAAACGACAGGUCCAAGAGCUUCAUAACAAACUGUCUGAAGAAUCCAAAAGAGCUGAUAAGCUGGCAUUUGAAAUGAAGAGACUUGAAGAAAAACAUGAGGCUUUAAUCAAAGAAAAAGAGAGACUGAUAGUGCAGUGUGAUGCAUUAAAAGAAACAAAUGAAGAGCUCCGGUGUUCACAGAUGCAGCAGGAUCACCUGAGUCAAACAGGUGGCUCUCGUGUUAAAAGCCAUGAGAAUCUUGCUGCUGAAAUUCUGCCAGUGGAAUACAGAGAAAUGUUUAUUCGGCUGCAGCAUGAAAAUAAGAUGCUCCUGUUGAAACAGGAAGGGUCAGAAAAUGAGCGUAUUGCAGAGCUCCAGGAACAGCUGGAGCAGAAGCACCGGACAGUGAACGAACUGGAAACUGAGAAAAGGCUGAAUGAAGAGCGUAUUGGGGGAUUACAGCAGCAGAUUGAAGAUCUGCAAAAGACUUUGCAGGAGCAGGGAUCCAAGACUGAAGGAUCCAGCAACCUGAAGCAGAAGUUGGCAGCACACAUGGAAAAGUUGAACGAAGUUCAUGAUGAGUUACAGAAGAAAGAGGCUGAUCUUGCAGAGCUCCAGCCUGAUGACAGUCAGAACCCCCAGAAGAUUGGAGAGCUGGAAGCAGCUUUACGAAAAAAAGAUGAGGAUAUGAAAGCAAUGGAAGAAAGAUAUAAAAUGUACCUUGAGAAAGCAAGAAAUGUGAUAAAAACCUUAGACCCCAAGCUAAAUCCAGCAUCAGCAGAAAUUAUGUUGCUCAGAAAACAGAUACUGGAGAAAGACAAAAAAAUUGAAGCACUAGAGAAUGAAUACAAACUGGCUAAGCUACGUGAUUAUGAGGAAAAGCUAAUUGUAACUGCGUGGUAUAACAAGAGCCUGACUCUGCAGAAGCUGGGUAUGGAAGCAAGGCUGGUUGGCAGCAGUGGUGCCUGCAAAGAUGGGCCUGGACGCUCCUUCCUGGCUCAGCAACGUCACGUCACCACCACCAGGAGGAAUCUCACUGUUAAAGUACCAGGGGCAACAUCUGAUUAAACCACAAGGACCAUGAGGAAAACUUACCUGCUGAAGUGUCCUUAAAUGUUUUAUAGCUUCCACUUUACUUGAGGAAAGAGGAGGUUAGAACUGGGCAGCUGCAAAUUCAACAUCAGAACUAUCAAGGAGUGAUUAAUUUGAUCAGUGGUGUGUGUAGAAGGUAGCACGUAGUUUUCCAAGUAGAUUUGAUAACUGCAGUACCUAUUUACAAGCACAACGUAAAAGAUUUAUAUUUGCCUUCAGAUUAUAUUGUAAAUAUGAAAUUUGGCACUAUAUAUUUAAAACUUUAUUUAAUGGGUUUGGGCUAGAAAGUUGACUUUUAUAACGGGAAGAUGUUAUGCAAAAAUUUACUUCAGGAAACUGGCAAUAUUGGGCAUUUUUGCUGGGCUCUUCUAAAAAUAGAUUUAAAAGAUUGGUACCAUGUUUUAAAAAAACACAGGUUUUUUUAGAAUAGAAAGUACAGUUUUAAAUGCAAGAAAAUACUUGCAUUUAUAGAAAAAGAAAAUAAAGGUAUAGUACCAGUACAGAAGACAGGAUUUGUUUCGUAAGAAGCAGAAUUACUCAGUUUAGUAAAAAAAAAAAAGCUUAAGUUACUCAGUUUAGUAAAAAAAAAAGCUUAAGUUUGUGCAUAUACACACUAAAGAAAACCUGUCUUUAAGAUGCUGAAUUCACUUAAGCCAAAAAAGCUUGUCUUUUCCUGUGUAAGAGAAAGCUAUAAUAAUAAUAAUAAUUCAAAAGUCUGGGCUGUAUUUUAAAGUCUGGCAUAUUCAUAUGCUGCAUUUAUUUGCAGAAGGGGAAUUAGGUGGGAAGGAGCCCCAUUUAUUUCAACCUAUUUAUACAACCCUCUGCAUGGAAAUUAAUUUUUCUUUUUUAAAUGUAGUUUUCACUUCAGUUAUUCUCAACUGAGUACUAGGCAGAGAAAUGAAAGAUGGCUUUGACAGUUGUUGGCAGUGAGAGAAGUGCAUAAACUAUAAUAGUGUGAUAGAAGAUGAAAAAGGGAUUGAUAUCUGAAAUUCGUGUGCAGGAAGUUGCUGUCUUUCACAGAAUUUGUCACUUUAUUUUCCAAAUGUCUUAUUUUUGUUUUGAAUUGUAUUUUUAGGAAACCUGUCAAUGUCUGUUCUUCUUCGCAGACUGUCUAGAACAAAUUCAUUAUGCCAGUAGUUAAAUGAAAUAAAAUUGCAGCAGCCUGUAAAAUAAAAUGAAUACACUUAAGCUAAGUAUUUGAGGAUGGUGUACUAGAGCAUCAUCUAAUACAAAACUCAACCACAUUUGUGAAUGAAAACACACCUGUCUCACCAUAUUUGAUCUGAGAGCAGAAUUCAGCUUUGCAGAAUUUAAGUCUUGAAUUAUGAAAUUUGGGUAGUCUUUCAUUUUACAUGCCUCUCACUAUGGCUUGUUAUUUGAUUUCUUCCUUCCCCAACAUCUUAAAUUCUUUAUUGGGCAUUGCAUGCAAUGCCAGGGAAAAGGCAAGUAUUAAUUUCUAAUACUUAAGGUUGCUUCUUAGUUGUGGUCGUUGUUUUACAGUGCUGUACAUUUAGGCAUUCAACAGAUUUCCUCCUUCAAAAAGCACUGUUUAAAAGCCAGUCUCAUGCUACAUAUGUUGUGAGAGCAGAGAACGUGCCAGACAAGUGGCUCUUGAAGAGUUUUGUCUGUCUGGUGCUGUUCUUUGGGACUCUAUGCUUGGACUACCUCUUGGGUUUUGAGGUCUUUUAUUGCUGCAGUGAUAUUAGUGGAGUUUGUGUUUUUAAGAUACAGUUGCUUGUUCACUCUGCUGGUAGUGUGGGAGAUGGUGGUGAGCAGUGGAGCAGGAGAUUCAGUCUUAGCAAGAUGCUUACAUUCCUAAAGCCUGGUCUGUGGUGUGGUGUAGUGAAAUGUGAAGCUGUCACUGAUGGUGUUGAGUGGGUCUCUUAACCCUCGUUCUUUGCAGCAUGGAAACUUUCAUGGACGUCCCUCAAAUACUCAUCUAGUUUGUAGGCUUGAUGCAUUUGUUGUACUUCUCACAGUAGUAGAGCUGUGUCAGUCAGUGUCUGUCAGGUGCUGAAUAGUGACAAACUUGGAGCAAAUGUCUUUGACUUGCACUUCUCAAAACUGCAGACCCUGGGACCAAAAAUAAGCAAGAACCUCCUUAUCAUUUAAUUGGAAGUUUGUCUUCUAACUAGUGAUGGAAGAAUUUCAAUCCGAAACUACAGGCAGGGAUCAGCCUUUUUCAGGGCACACUUGUCCCCAUAGUCUCACUGGGGUUGCCAAAAAUUAAUCAGGUUUUCAGAUAUUGAAUAAAAUGUUGCUUAUUCGGGACUUUUCCAAACUGUUAGAAGUUAAGCCUGUGAAUAUAACUUAAGGGUUUCUUUGGGAUUGAGAACCUGUUUAAGAGCAGCUGUUCUACAACUGGUAAAACUUGGGUUGUGUCCUAUGAAUGAGGAACUGAUCUUUAGAAAUAAAUAUUGGAUUAUAAGCCAUGGUGGUGUGUUCACUUCAGCUCCUCUGGCUGUGCAGGAAGGACCAUUAGAUGAGUAUAAUUUUAAUCUUUGCUUCAUUCAUGUCAAACAAAAGAAGCUACUAAUGCCAUUGCUGUUUUACAGCCGAGUUGUAUCCAACAUGUAGCAGCAGAGCCCUGUCAAUAGGUGUCCUUUUAUGCACCACUGCUGAGGCAGGACAAAGAAAGAAGGCCACUGUCUCUGCUGCAAGAUGAAUUCAUACCAUCCCAUCAGCACAGUUAGGAACACAUCCAAAUAUGAGGUGAAACCACUGAAUACUGGUGAAGUUAAACAGGAUUAUUAGCAAUUUAGCCAGUUUCCAGUAAAACGGGUAAUACAGAUCCAAAGAAACAACAAAUAUGUUCUGAUUGACAUAUCAUUUGUUAAUUAUUUUUUAUAUAAGAUUACUAUGGAAGAGAAGUUUUAUAGCAAUAAUACAAAUUCUGGACUAGUGAGUUCUUUUACUCAAGAUGGGCAGCAGUUUUGAGAAGAUUCUUUGCAACAACUUUAUUAUAGUGGAUUAAGAAACAUUCACUGAAAAUAAAUUUUCACCUGAUUUUUUGGUUCAUUAAAAAUAUAUAUAUGGGUAUUUUAUUUUAUAUGAUAUACACUUACUUGGAAAUAAGUAAUAUAAGCAAUACUGAUGUUCUAUUUAGGUAGCCAUAAAUAGAUUAGAAAUUAGAAAAUAAAAACAAUUGUUUAAGAGUUGGUAAUGUCUAGUACAGUAAUUUUCUUACAUGUUUCUUUUUUUCCUUCCCCUAAUGCUAGACUUAAAGUUUUCGGUGUAUCGGUGUCUACAUCUUCUGUUUAAAACAAAUGUAAACACUGUGUUGCAUAGAACUUGAAAAUUGCACUAAUUUUUAAACUUUUGGUUUUAUUUUUUUCUUUGGAAAGAGUUCUUUUAUAUUCACAUAAAGAUUUUUAAAAUU